AUGGAUACGGACGUGCCAUUUUUGAGGAUCAUAUCCUGCUCCGAGGAUGAUUGGCGUGAAUGGCUGCCGUUGCCUUCUAAAAUAUAUAAAGAGUACGAUGGGUUGUUGCCACGUGUUUGCCAUUUGACAACAACCGAUGGCGAGGAAUAUGAAGCAACAAUGGGUAUCAAAAAUGGGAAAUUAAGUAUAACAGCAGGAUGGGAAAACUUUAUGGAUUUAGAGUCCAUUGAGUGCGGUUACCAGUUGGAGUUCUAUCGCCACAGUCUGUUCGAUUUUGAAAUUGAGAUUAUGGAUGAGAAUGGAUGCAAAAGAGAGCCAAUAGGUUCAUUUACUUUGGACAUAAAGAGAACUCAUGUGGAGCGUGCAAGGCUGUUCAUCCCGAUGCAAUUUUGGCGCGACUAUAUUGAAGGAUUGUACGCCAAUACCAAUGUAGUAUAUCUGCUCAUUGGGCAGCGCAGGUAUGAAUUGGAGGUUGUCGAGGGGCACGGGAAGAAGUUGCUUCAAAGAGGCGCAGCACGUAGGUUCAUGGAUGAGAAUGAGAUUGUCGAAAACUGUUUGUACAAGUUUUGCUUGGUUCCUGGUGAAUUAAUAAGAUUCAAGGUGUACUAA